GCCGAUUCUGGGUGGGUGGGCGAUGAGGCAUGAGCACUUUGCUUCCUUACCUGCUCCCUCCGGAUUGUACGCCGCCCUCACUAUCGCGCCGACACACUCUCUCUGUAGCAAGGACAGUAGCACAGCCGCUCCGCUAUCCUCGUCAUCACCGCCGCCGCUGCCGCCAUGUGUCCAGGUCGUCGACUUCGACUCGCCGAUCGUGCCCUGGGCUGUUUUGGUCUACGCCGUAUCACCAAGAACGAUCGCAACUACAAAGACGGCUACGAGCAGGUCAAAGUCCCUUCAGACCCGCCCCGCGACAAUCCCAACAUGGGCUGGUUCCACCGCCUCCUCGCCGGCAUGGGCCUCGUUGCCUCUACCUGGCCUCAUCCUGACAAAGACCCUUUCUAUGGCAUCAACAGCAAACCAGCUGCCCUGCAGAACCACAAGCCGGGUGACGUGCUGCGCUGGAGGCCCAUCGAGAUCACCUCCUUCCCUGGACUCGACGCUGAGCACCUCAAAGCCUAUCAGAUCGCCUUUGUCACCACGGACGACGUGGGACUCGAUGGCAGCAACCUCUACGCGACUGGCGGGAGAACUCAGAUAGGAAUAGCGACCGUCAUGGUCCCUCCCAAGGCUACCUUCGACAAGGUUCUUUCAAUGCAACCAAAAACGGACGGCGCUAACUCCAUCUGCCGCACUUCUUACUCGCUGCGCAAGGGCACCGAGGACCGCUUCGCUAGCCUGAGCGAGAGCACAUUCCUACCACCCUUCUUUGACGAGGGAUGGGUCGUCAGCAUCCCGGAUCUCGGCGGACAAUUUGACGCCUUUGGUGACGGGCUCGGAUCUGGUCGCCUCGUCCUCGACUCGAUGAAGGCAAUGAUCAAGCUGCGUGAUACGAUCGGGCUCAAGAGCCUCGAUCAAGGCCUCAGGUUUGGCCUCUGGGGAUACUCGGCAGGGGCUCAAGCUACAUUCUGGGCUGCGCAGCUCCAGCACAAGUACGCCCCGGAGCUUGACAACCACGUUGUGGGCUAUGCUGGUGGCGGGCUCCCUGCUGACCUCGAAGCGUGCGCGCAUCGCCUCAACCAUAACUUUGCAGCUGGCCUGAUCGUGGGCAUCGUCGCCGGGCUCAGCAACGCCUAUCCCGACUUCGCUCGAAAGGUCAACUCGCUGCUCACCAAGAAGGGUCACAGCCUCUAUGACAUUGCCCUCCAAAAGUGCUGGGCAGACUACAUGCUCGCCUCCUUUGGCAAAGACGUCCUCACUGGCCCGCCGGACGGAUACUUCAAUGUGAACGAUCCGCUCUCAGACCCCAUCGUACAGUCGAAGCUCGCAAAGAAUAACCUCUUGCUAGCAGCACAGCAUCACGCGCCGCAAGUGCCCCUCUACCUCACCGGCUCGCUCGUUGACGAGGCGAUCCCUCCUGAGCAGAUGCAGAUGGUCACUGAUGCCUGGGCGAAGGGGAAUGCGACCAUCGAGCUCAUCAAGGACCAAACGCCGGGACAUGCUCUCAAUUGCUUCACGUCGUACCCUGGCACGGUUAGGUGGCUGCGAGAGCGCUUUGAUGGGAAAGAGAACGCUGCCAAGCCGGGAAAGCCCGUUGUGAGGACCGUGCUCAAUGGCUUGAUGUCGCUCGACUCGCCUGAGGCGAAGCAGGAAGGUGAGUGCAAUACUUGCGCAUGCUUGCGUUCGGUAAGAAGCCUAGCUGACAGGCUUCGUCCGGCCCUUUGCAGUUAAUGAGAAGCACCUUCACCGAAUCAAGGUCGCUGCCCAGCUCUUCUCCGAUGACCACAAGGCCUGGUGGUACUGAGGCUAGUGCCUUUCUCGUCAAUCUCGAAGCUCAAUGAGCUAUCUAUACCUACUACCUUGCUCAUCCUAUUCCCUCUCCAUGAUGUAGAGCAGCGACG